AUGUCUCCCGCAUUCCUGGCGGUCAUCGCCGUCAUACUCUGCAUUCUGUUCCGGAUACUGAACGUCAGCAGCACGCCACAGAUCCCCAGCAUCGUCUGCAAAGAUGGCCAGUUUAUGGAGUGCUUCAACAAGAUUGCCCCGAUGCUACGGGAACCAUACAUUCCGACCCGGCUGUGGGGCUUUAGCGGACACAUCCAGACAAUAAUUCACAGUAUCGUUGGGCGCGUCAAAUGUCCGUGGCCUCUAGGCGAACGGGUCUACCUUGCGCUGACGGACGGUUCCACGCUAACGUACGAUCUAUACCAGCCGCUAAUUACGACCGUCGAAGACGAUAUCACCGUUGCCAUCUGUCCAGGAAUUGGCAACUCGUCCGAAUCGGUGUACAUCCGCACGUUCGUGCACUACGCCCAGUGCCACGGGUACCGGUGUGCGGUGCUGAAUCAUAUCGGUGUCCUGGACAGUGUGCAGGUGACAUCGAGCCGAAUAUUCACGUACGGUCACACGGACGACUACUCGGCAAUGAUAAAUAGCUUGUUAAAGAAGUAUCCCACGACAAAUAUCGUGUCCGUUGGUUUCUCGCUCGGUGGUAACCUCAUCUCGAAGUAUCUCGGCGAGGCCAGGCGACCGGCCAACAUCAUCGGUGGCGUUUCGAUCUGCCAGGGCUACAAUGCGGUGGUCGCCACCCAAUGGUUGCUGAAGUGGCAAAACUUCCACCGGUUCUACCUGUACGUGCUGACCGAGAACGUGAAGAGCAUCAUCAUGAAACACCGGCACGUACUGCUGUCGGAUGACAUCAAGCAGCGGUAUCAGCUGAACGAGCGCGACAUUGCCGCUGCAGCUACGCUACCGGAGCUGGACGAAGCGUACACGCGCCGAGUGCAUCAGUUCCCAACGGUAAAGGAUAUGUACAGCUGGAGCUCGUCGCUGAACUAUCUCGCCAACAUCAAACGACCGAUGGUGUUUGUCAAUGCAAGGGAUGACCCGCUCGUGCCGGAUAAUCUACUCGAACCGGUGAAACAAUUUGCCUCUACCCACAACCAAUCGCUUUAUAUCGAGCUUGCCAACGGUGGCCAUCUCGGGUUCUACGAGGGUGGCCUGGUAUAUCCGAAUCCGGUCACCUGGCUGGACCGAGCGCUAGUGUCACUGAUUGGUGGCAUCGUGAUGUCACACAACGAUUUGCUAGUGGCGAAACGGACGGCUUCCUCAUCGGUGGUCAUUUAA